AUGUAUAUCAACCGUGCUGUGGCUCUCAUCGCCCGUGAUUGGGAAGACGACGCCAAAAGCACUGGCAAAUCAUUCAAGAGCUGGAAAUCAUGUCAGAACAACCGAACAUGUCACAUUAUCGCUAUAGUGGGAUUUGUUCUUGCGGCGCUAUGCAUUUUCUGGGUCCUUUCUACGUUGAUCCGCUGUCUCUGCAUGGGAUAUUCCUGUUUAGAGGCGCUCUGUUGCUGCUGUUGCAGAAAUGCCCACUCCAACAGAUAUGUCGAGCAGCCACAACAGGUUUUCCCCCAGAAUUACUCGCAGCACUACACGCACCAGCGCGAGCCACCAAUGACGCGCGCAGAGCCAGCGUACCAGCCCAUGAACCAGUAUUAUCCUGCAGAAAAGGCCACCACGCCAGCCGAUUUCACAAAGUACCCCCAUGAAGAAUCAUAUAGAUACGACACGGGGUACAAACCGCUGCAGUUUUAA